GGGCUAUUGGUCUGAAAAUAUAAUUUGAUACACCAUUUAAUCCAUGUUUUAAAUAAAAAUUACUUUAUAUAAUAAAAUCACACAUAAUGAACACAGUACCGGCUGAAAGAAUUUUGGUCCUGGUCAUGAAUAAAAAAGUAGUAAGGCGUCAGCGUCACUGUCAAAAAGGUGUCAAACUGUCAAAAGUCAUGCUGUCAAUAUUGGCAUUGGCAUUGGCAGUCAAAUAAACAAAACCUAUUACAGGUAUUACACUUAUUAUUAGUUAUUAUCUUAAAAAAUAAAUAAAUUUGUGUAAUACCUGUAGAUCCUUUAAGAAUAAAUAAUUAAAAACGUCUCUUAUACCUAGUUAAAGUUACAAUGGUGAAUUAUUGCUGUGUACAAGGAUGUGGUCGUAAUAGCAAACAAAACAAACAUUUGAACUAUUAUAGUUUGCCAAAGGAAAAACGACGGCAAGUGCAAUGGCUGCAAGCGGCCGGGCGAACAGACUUGUUAGAGAAGGAUAAGGCGCUGGUUUCACACCGGUUCUGCUCGCGACACUUCCCUCCAUCCUCUAUUAAAAACAAGCAUCUUUGUGACACUGCUGUGCCCUCACUUUGUCUACCAGGGACUACUGGCAAAGAUAGUGAGAUCCAUGAGCACAAAGGCAUUGUAUGUGAUAGCUGUGGGCUGGCCGUCUCCGGGUUCCGGUACAAAUGCGUCUCUUGCGCGGACUACGAUCUGUGCCAGAAAUGCGAGAUGAGGGAGACACACCCUGAUCAUUAUAUGCUGAGGAUGCCCAAGCCUUUGAAAUUUAAACUGGCGGAUGAUCUGAUCGGCAAGUGGCGCGAGUUUUUCUCUGCGAAGCACGCGACGCCCGACUCGGACAGCGACGAUGAGCCCAUCACCAAAUACAGGAACCAUAGCAGCGUCGACCUGUCCGAAGAAGUGAAACGGGCAAUCCGAGCCGAGGUGGCGCGGGUGUCGAAACUGCCGGAGCCGGAGGAGCCCCAGCUCAAGAGGAAAACGGCCAACGAGCGGCGCCCGAUUAAGAGGAUAAGGAUGGACGGCACGAUAGGGUAUGAUGAGGAGGACAGGAGCGUCCCGGAGGUGGUGUUCGCCGACGUCAACGAGGAUGACCAGCUGUUGGAAGUCAAGCACGAAGUCACUAUAGAAGAAUGGAAGAAGAUGGUGCACGUCAAAAUAAGUGAGGACCUGACGGAGCUCAUGAUAGAAGUACCUCAACACAAUGCGGGGCACACGUCGGCGUUAUGAGUAGAUAAUAAAACUAAGCUAUAAGCUGUUUUAGGACUGAAUAUGAUUAACCUUUUGACCAGCUGUGGACGUCAUCAUAGUAUGGCCUAGGACGCCAACGACGGCUACAACCGUCAGCUUCGCCAAUGCAAUAGGGAUUUACGCGUGACUCCAUAAAGUUAAAUUUCGCUUAAAUAAUCGCGAUCGCCCGGCGUCCGGGGCACGGGAUAAUCCUUCGCCGUCUGGCGUUCAAAGGGUUAAGGUAUAGUUUUAAAUGUAAAAUGUGUACCUAAAUAUAUACUAAGUGGUAAAUAAAUUUAUUGUAAUCAAAUCAAA